CGAAACUUGUGUCCUGGUCCACUCGCAAGCAAAAAUCAGUUGCUCGCUCCUCUAUCGAAUGUGAAUAUCGUGCUCUCGCCACACUUGGUUCUGAGGUACUUUGGUAACAGACUUUACUUCAUGAACUAGGUCAAUCCAUUCCUACUUCUCCGACUCUGUGGUGUGACAAUCUUGGUGCGACGUUUCUUGCUCAUAAUCCGGUGUUUCAUAAUCGGUCUAAGCAUAUGGAGAUAGAAUUCCAUUUUGUCUGUGAUCAGGUCAGCAAAGGUCAGCUACGUGUGCAUUACUUAUCAGCCCCUGAUCAACACGCAGAUGUGCUGGCCAAGCCUUUACCAGUCCUUCAACAAGUUUUGACUCACCGAACUUUCACUUGCGGGGGCGUGAAGAGGAACUUGCUCCAGAAGUUUCUCUAUUGCCGUUAGUUGUUAGUAGUGGAACGUUGCCCACCUUUGGGAGUUCUUUAUUUCACUCCAUUCAGUUUCAGUGUAUCUCGCAGCACUCUGCUGCUAUGUACUAUAAAUCUGUUGAUUGAAUAAUGGAAAACUCAUGUCUUGGGGUUUUCAGUUAGAUUGUGAGCCGAGGAGGUAGAGCUUAGAGCACAGCUGCAAAAGAAGUGGCUGAACCAACGCAACGCAGCCAUGGCUUCAAUGAUGGCAACCACAGGCGCCUACCUCCGCAGUCAAUACUGGAGACCGCGCCGCGAAAACUAUGGCAAAGCUGGAUUCAGCCGCCGUUUCCUGCUUUGUCAGCAGCAGCAGCAGCAGAAGCAGCACGACCCCACAAAACCCACCGCACAAAUUGCUCGAAGGGAGAUUCUUCUGAGGAGCAGCGAAUUGGCGGUGGUUGGGGCGAUAUUCAAUCUCAGCGGGAAGAAGCCAGAUUACCUCGGAGUUGGGAAGAAGCAGCAGCAACUGGCGCUUUGCCCGGCCACCAACAACUGCAUCUCCACGUCCGAGAAUGUCAGCGAUUCCGCCCACUACGCUCCUCCUUGGAACUACAAUGGCGGCAGGCCGCAGGCCGUCAGCAGACAAGUUGCGAUGGACGAGCUUGUACAAGUGAUAAAAACCACGACGCCGGACAAAUACAGCGCACGGAUUGUGGAACAGAAUAGCGAUUAUGUGCACGCUGAGUACGCAAGUCCUAUCCUAGGGUUGGUUGACGACGUCGAGUUCUGGUUCCCACCAGGUAGCAAAUCAACUGUCGAAUAUCGUUCUGCAUCAAGAUUGGGGGACUUCGACUUUUAUGCCAACCGAAAACGAAUCAAGGCUCUGAGGCAGGAGCUGGAGAAGAAGGGAUGGACUUCUGAAAACCCCUUCUGAAUCCCAUCCCUUUGACAAAUAGAGUGACAUGGAAACAACGCUUAAAUUCCAUCACCACAACGCAAAAGCUUCUGACUCACCAUGUCAAAAGCACAAUCAACAGCUCUUUACUCCUAAAACGUCAGCUGCUUACAGUCUAAAGUUUGAAACAAAGCCAGCGCAUAAAUAUCACUUGUCUCAUUUUGUAUCAUCUUUUUAGAAAGAGCUACACCACCCUUCCAUUCCAUGAUAACCCUCCCCUACAAUGGCCAUUCCAUUAGCCUCAACUCUUCUAAGACAGACCACCGGUCUAGUCUCGUCUCAACGGCAUAAAUUCUCGAUGAAUGCCACCGGCAUUGAGCACCACUAUCUCAAGAUUGUCCCCCUGCACCAGGAAAAUGAUGUAUGUGUUGUUCAGAUAAAAUCUUAUGUGAUCA